CACCCAAAGAAAAAACUAUCCCAAUCCCACAUCUACUAGGGAAAACAGGGUUUAGAAAUGUUACCAAAUGGAGAGGAUGAUUCGGAUCUUAUGCGUCUCGUGAAGGAGCUUCAAGCUUCUCUAAUGAGGAACGAUAAACUGGAGAAGGAAAAUCACGAGCUGCGUCAAGAAGUGGCUCGCCUACGAGCACAAGUAAGCAAUCUUAAAGCACAUGACAAUGAGAGGAAAUCAAUGUUAUGGAAGAAGUUGCAGAGCUCAUAUGAUAGUGGCAACACAGACGCAUCUAAUCUGAAAGCUCCAGAGAGUGUCAAAUCCAAUUUUAAGGGUCAUGAGGUAAAGAAUCCAAACCUGAAGCCAAUGGUCAAAGAACAAUCUACAGCAAUAAAGCCGCCACCGCCUCCACCACUUCCAUCAAAAACAACACUUGGAAAAAGGUCCGUGAGGCGUGCUCCAGAAGUUGUAGAGUUGUAUCGUGCCCUCACGAAGAGAGAGUCUCAUAUGGGCAACAAGAUCAAUCAGAACGGAGUCUUGUCUCCUGCAUUCAACGCAAACAUGAUUGGAGAGAUUGAGAACCGCUCCAAAUAUCUUUCAGAUAUCAAAUCAGACACUGACAGACACAGAGACCAUAUCCAUUCUUUAAUCAGUAAAGUGGAGGCUGCAACAUUUACAGACAUAUCAGAAGUGGAGACGUUUGUGAAAUGGAUAGACGACGAGCUAUCUUCCUUGGUUGACGAAAGGGCAGUCCUAAAGCAUUUCCCUAAAUGGCCAGAACGUAAAGCAGAUUCACUAAGAGAGGCUGCUUGUAGCUACAGAGCGCUAAAGAGCCUUGAAACUGAAAUUUUGUCAUUCAAGGAAAAUCCAAAGGAACCUCUAAAGCAGGUCUUGCAAAAGAUCCAGUCGUUACAAGACAGGUUAGAAGAAGCUGUUAACAGCACAGAGAGGACAAGAGACAGUACAGGGAAGAGAUACAAGGAUUUCCAUAUACCAUGGGAGUGGAUGCUCGACGCAGGAUUGAUCGGACAGCUAAAAUACAGCUCGCUGAGGCUAGCUCAGGCGUACAUGAAGCGAAUAACCAAGGAGCUGGAAUCAAAUGGAGGCGGUAAAGAAGGGAAUCUGUUGCUUCAAGGGGUCAGAUUUGCCUACACAAUACACCAGUUUGCUGGCGGUUUUGACGAAGAAACGUUACGCAUAUUUAGCGAGCUAAAGAAGAUCACUACAAGUGAAUCCCAGAAGUUAAAAUAAGUAACGGUUCACAACUUUUCAAAAAGUCGAUUUUGAGUAUUCAAAGAUGUAUGUGGUCUGCUGCUGCAGCAGCAAGUAAGAGAGUUUGAAACCAUGUUGUAAUCUAGCUUUUAAGAUUACGCAUUAGACAUGUAAAAUACUAUAGCCUAAAUUAUAGUUCUAUAUUUCAAGUCUC